AUGCGUUGUGAGGACAGCGUGGGAAAUGUGCAUGCGGAUUGGGAAACACAAAAACUUAUCAAGGAUGUAGAUGAUAUUAAAAAUACCAUCGAAAAUAUGCAGUUGAGAAAAAAUGCGAAAGAUUUGGCAAUGUUUGAUAUUCGUGUUGAUACAUUGCCUUAUAAGUGCCACACCCAUGGUCCCUAUUCAAGUUGUGCUGAAAUAACGGCCUGCACCGAACGCAGUGGCUACUAUUAUGUGCGCAUCCCGCAGUUCAGUAAAGAAAGUAUUCUCGUCGAAUGUGAUGCCCAUACCGAAGGCGGUGACUGGACGGUUAUACAAAGGCGUGAGGAUGGUUCAGGUGAUUUCUAUCGGACGUGGAACGAUUAUAAAAUGGGUUUUGGCGAGCUGGAUGGUGAAUUUUUCAUUGGCAUGGAUAAGCUGUUUGCCCUGACAAAUUAUCAAGGACCUCAGGAGCUGUUGAUACUUAUGGUAAAUGGUACCAACGAAGCUAAGGGUUAUGCCAAAUACGAUAGCUUCAAAAUUGCCAAUGAAGGGGAGAAGUACAAACUAUUACAGACGGGGCAGUAUACCGGUACGGCGGGUGAUUCGCUGAAAUCCCACAUUGGUAUGAAAUUCACUACCAAAGAUCAAGACAAUGAUUUACAUGCGGAGGGAAAUUGUGCUGUUAUUUACAUGGGUGCAUGGUGGUAUUCCAAGUGCCAUUCAAGCAAUUUAAAUGGUCACUAUGGUGAUAAGAGCUAUGCCAAAGGUGUGGACUGGUAUUCGUUUUCGGGACAUUACAAUUCGUUAACCUAUGUGAAAAUGAUGUUACGCCGUAAACGAGGAUAA